AUGCACUCUACCGCCAAAAGUCAGGACACCAAUGCUACUUACCACCGCAACGCUUUAGCAAAGCUCAACAACAAUGAACUCUUCAUCUCAGAUGCAUUCAUUGGGGGAAAGUGGGUUUCGAAAACUGCGAAAUUCGACGUCUUUGAGCCGGCAUCGGGCACGAAGCUUGGACAGGUAGCCGAUUGUGACCUGGAGGACUUCCGGAACGCGAUUGAAAGUGCUCAUCAAGCGCAAGCAGCUUUCUUCGAAGGGACGACGGGCACUUCGAGAGGAGCGCUCUUGCGAAGAUGGUAUGACCUCAUUCUUGCCAACCAAGAGGAUCUGGCGGCAAUUCUCAGUCUCGAAAACGGUAAAACAAUCGGCGAAGCCAAUGGAGAAGUCGUGUAUGCAGCGAACUUUAUAUCUUGGUUUGCGGAAGAAGCUACAAGAGCGUAUGGUGUGACUAUUCCUUCAUCUACUCCUCAUACUACGCUCCUCACUAUCCGAGAGCCGGUGGGAGUUUGUGGGAUAAUCACCCCAUGGAACUUCCCAGCGGCGAUGAUCACCCGGAAGGUAGGACCGGCUAUUGCCGCUGGUUGCUCUGUCGUUAUCAAGCCCCCAAGCGAGACGCCAUACACAUGUCUGGCUUUGACAAGGCUAGCGCUCGAGGCAGGUAUUCCCUCCGAGUUGAUCCAAGUUUGCCCUACCAAGAACCGCCAAGCAGCAACAGAGCUUGCUACGAAUCCCUUGGUUCGAAAGAUUAGUUUCACAGGGUCAACCGGUGUUGGCAAAAUGCUGGCGAAACUGGCUUCCGGCACCCUUAAGAAAGUCAGCCUUGAGCUUGGCGGCAACGCUCCAUUCAUUGUGUUUGAUGAUGCCGAUCUUGACCUGGCAGUGGAAGGCGCAAUGUUCUGCAAAUUUCGCUGUUCCGGCCAAACCUGUGUGUGUGCGAAUAGACUUUACGUCCAAAAGAGUGUAGCGAAGGAUUUUACUUCAAGGCUGUUGAAGAAGGUCUCUGAUUUGAAAGUCGGCGAAGGAUUGGAUCCCUUGACCACACAAGGCCCGCUGGUCAAUCAAGCUGCCAUUGAGAAGGUCAAAGAGCACAUCCACGACGCAAUCUCCAAAGGAGCCAAAGUCGAAGCAGGAGGACAGCCUUUGCAGUCUCCAGGUUUCUUCUUCCAACCCACAGUACUCUCGGGAGUUACCCAAGACAUGAUAGUGAGCAAAGACGAGACGUUUGGGCCACUUGCAUCCGUUUUUGAGUUCGAAACGGAACAAGAUGUGCUGCGCCUAGCGAACGACACCGAAUUCGGCCUCGCUGGCUAUUUCUUCUCGCGCGAUAUCAGUCGAGCCAUGCGUGUCGCUCAGAAAUUGCAGGUGGGAAUGGUGGGAGUGAACACUGGUAAGAUUAGUGCCCCGGAGGCGCCAUUUGGGGGCGUGAAAGAGAGCGGAUACGGUCGAGAAGGUAGCCUAUACGGAUUGGAAGAGUAUCAAAACAUCAAGAGCAUUACGAUUGGGAAUCAAGAUGCGAGGACAUUGUGA